AAAGCAAACCCCCAAAAAGCAUCAUAUGGGUUCUUUAAUUUCCUUUCUAGCUCUCAUUCAUGUCCUGCUACUAAGCGUGUAUGAAUCUACAACUAAAAACAGCACUAUAGUUACCGAACUGUGUGUGCUGCUGCUUGUAGGAAAUGAUUGAGCUUAUUUUAUAAUCAGUAAACUGUACUUUCUGGCCCAUUUUAAACAUUUACUUUACAUUUUGUUAUCUUAACACCAUGGAGAAAUUGUGCUUGGGCUUAAUAGCUCCAUAUAGAAAUCAGAAAAUGCUAUAUUGUGAGACAAAAUAACUCAAUGGUCUUUUCAACAGAUUUCUAGACAGUAAGAAUAAAGCCUCAAUCAUACAUCUACAGAUGUAUACAUACGGCAAAAUGUGGUGUGAGUAUGCAGACAUGUUCCAGAUAGGUGCAGUAGAAAUACAAUUAAAUGUCGUAAUAGCAAGAAAAGCUCCAUCAUUUCUUAUUGUCAAAAAGUACAAAUGAAUAAAGUGAUUAAAAAACACCCCUGCACACUUUUUGACUGCUGAAUGAGAAAAUGACCAACAAUGUACUAUAAAGCUGACAAAUUAACUGAUUUCAAAUCAAAAUUGUGACUUGAAACAAUACAAUUUGCAAAUUACAAGGCUACAAUUUUCAAGAUUUGUUAAGCAGUGCCUCUGGACCAGGGUUUAAACUGUUGUGUCAACGGUCUAACGAACUCACGGCAUCCUCCCUGUGUGACAGUCACGCUUUUGACGGAGUCUCGUGGUAAUAUUCCAUCACAUGAUUACAUCUGUCACACAGUGAAUAUUGAACUGAGACAGGACUUUAAAAACGGUAACGCAAAUCAAAUUGCAUUUACAAAUUUUCCCCAAAGUGUUCAGUUCUCAUGCACAGGACAGUUCAUAGGGACAUUACAGUACAGCAAACAAGCUUCUCAGAUGUCAACAAAAUGCUUGAAAUGCUACUGAAGGUUAUUUGUUUUAUGCUGUAUAAAUGCAGCUGCUUGUGUAGCAUUGUAGACGUGACAAAGACAUUCAAGGUGUAUUAUGUCUUGCAGGUGCGAUAUGUAGUGUUCCAUUUAUCUUAAUGUUAGAUGCAUCUGUGAGAUACAGCAAGAAGAAUUGCUUUGAGUUCAAUUUUACUUAUAUAGUGUCAAUUCCCAACAUAAAUCAUCUCAGGGGACUUUGAUAGUACAAUAUGUUAUGGAGAGACCCAGUGAUUCACUUUGAGAAGUUUCACUUUUAGUCCUUUGAAGUUUGCUAUAGCGGGGUGUUUAUUGGUAUUCCGGCAUACGGUGGGCUCCCCAACUAGCUUCUUGUAACCAGCUCCGACGUAACAACAAAACGUCGUAGGUCGUAAACUGAGGACCCCCUGUAGUUGCAUUUCUUCCAUAUGUUUUCUUUAAACUGUCUCCUUGAGGCAACCCGAUAGCUAACUGCUUAGGGUCCAUACUACAUUUGGCGUAACUGCAGAAGCGAAUCCUGGUUUGAUUCCUGGCUGGUCAGAACCCGACUGAAUGUCAUAAAGGCAAAUGCCAAAAAAAUUAUCUUUAAAGGAACAUGUUUACCUAACUUUCAGUUUAAUUCAAAGCAUGCAUGAGGCAGAGAAGUAAGGCUCCAAGCCAAUAUGGUGAGAGUUUUUCUUUCGCUCUUUACUUUUACCCUUUUACUGUCCACUUCGGUCUGCCUUAAACCAACUGAACUUUCAACUCACGUCAAAACAAUCUUGCCGCACCAACACUGUCUUAUGUCACUUCAGUGGAAUGGUCUCACUUGAUCUGCACUGCCUGAAGUGAGCGUGCAAAGAACAUUCCCCAGUUAACUUUCUGGCCAAUAAUCAGUGGUCUGUGAAAUGAAGGGUUUGAGGGCCUGAGUGCUUGACCUCCCUCCAACGUAAAAUCAGCCCAAACACAAGUGACCCACUUCACCGGAGACAGAGAAAGCUGGGAGUGGACCUAAGCAGGUUCAGAGCUUACAUUAAGUUUGGAUACAGCGUCCACAUGCAUUCUGCGUGCUGUGUCACUGAACUAUUUCUUUCGGCAUCCCUGCAUUCUGCUCAGCUGUAUCGCCACACUUUAAUCUGUCGGUCACGUCUCCUAAAAAUAUCUGCCCUCGCUCUCUCUCUCUCUGGCUUUCUCAGCAGUCCUAUUUUCACACAGAAGAAGUCCUUGUCUUUGGGGAUCAUGACAGCAAAGGGGUGUUACCAAAGAAUGAUAUUAAAAAGCGGGUGUAACCAGAGGCCAUAUGUACAGUGUUCUCGGAUCAAGUUCUCUCCAGUGUUAGUAGAAGAAAUAACAGCAGCUGGUGUUGCUUCAGUUCACAGAAGCCUGCUUUUUUUGGAUUUAUUCAAGUUUCAAGGCAUUUUGCUGUUAAGAAGUAACUAACAAGAAGACUAUGUGAGGGGAGAGGCAUCGGCAGCAGUAAGGCGAGGAGAAGCUGAGGAGAGAGUGUGGAGGAAGGGAGGAAGACAGCCCAGAAACAGGUCUGCAUCUAUCUCACCUACAGGAACAAACCAAAAGUCAAAAGACGCCAAAGGACGAAACAGAGGAGACAGCUGUCGCCAGAAAAGAGGUCUUUCAAGAAGGCUGCCACUGACAAGGACGUACAAGUGAACAAAGAAACUGUGGAUCACCACUCGUUAUAAAUGGCACAAAGGAUGUUUCAUGAAAGUGGGGAAGAUGGCCGAUCAGUUCUGGGAAUGUUGGCAGUGCAGGUAGAGCGAGACCCCAAGACAGGUGCCACUGUCGUCAGGUCAGUGUCCCCUGUGUCUGCACCGGCUGGCGUUCCAAAGGCCAUUACCGUCUUCGAUGACGGCAGGAAAAGCAUCCACGCUAUCGGCGGGCCGGCAGGUCAACCCUCGCCCGAAGAGCUCGGUCAGAUCUUGAACGUCAUCGAUGGCGUUGGAAUGAAAGUGCUACUAGAGGAGGUCACGGUCGUGCCAAACGCAGAAGAGAUCAGGUCAGACGCUGUAGAAGACAACAGCGAUGCAGAGGAAAAAGCCCCGUCUUUCGCUGACAUGUCAGAGGAGGACGACGGGGAUAACGAGCAGUCAGACAGCUCCAUAAGCGACCACGAGGAAGCUGAGCUGACGAUAGAGAAGUGCACCCUAGAGGAGGGAAACACAGAUGAGGAAACCUUGAUGGUGGUUCAAACCAAUGCAGAAAGAGUAGAUCACAUAGAAGAUGAAAGGCUGGAGAAAGGCCCGGUCACACUCAUGUUCCUGGGAUACACCGAUGCUACAACUGGCCAAGAGGACCAGGAAGGCGAGAUCACUGUGGAACGAGUAAUCAUCACUGAGGACGGAGAGGAACAUGUCAUUGGACCUGAAACGUCUGCUCCACUUCAAUCACCAUUAGACCAGGUAGAAGAGCAAGAUGCCGGGAAGGAAGAUGAAGUGCUUCAAGACAUUCCACUCGAUGAAAAUGGAGCUGGAGUUAAAGUCCAGGCAGAGGAGGGUGAUGCCAAGCUGGAUAUUUCACCUUCUCCUAGUAAGACAGAGGGAGACGAUACACCCAAACGCAAGACCUGUCAGUGUUGUUCUGUCAUGUAAGGAAGUAACAAAAGAAAGACACUCGCAGCUUUAAUUGCAGCACUUGUUAUAUUUGUACACCAGUGUCUUCUAUUAGAUUAUAUUGCUGCCUUUAUGAGUGUUUUAGAGCAUACUACUGCCACCUGCUGAGGUCUUACAGUGGGGAUGAGCUCCCACCACUUCACUCAACCAAAGAAACAGACAUUUCCUCUGUUGUGGGUCUUUCACAGCAGCUGGAACUGACAGCAGCUCUGACAGACUAUGAAAAGCCACUACUUCCCCCUGGUGGACGAAGAGGAGAAUUUCAACACACACCUCUGCAGGCAUCUCAAAUGACUCCUCUGGUUUUCUGCCUUGAGACUGCAAGUUUAGCAGUGGGAACGCAAAAGCAAAAAGACAAAUAGCAACAAAAAAAAAAAAAAAAAAACAGCUUACAUGUCAGCUUUCAGCACAAAUAAUUUAACAGUUAUGAUGGGAUUCAUCUUUAUGUUCAUUUGAAAGUUUACACUUGCUGCACUUACAAUUGAGGACAACAAUGUUUUAAAGAGCAGCGGGGUCUUAAUUUACUGAGGAGGAGUCUGUCUACAAUUUAACCUAAACUUUUCCUGUCGAGUUUCUUAACCCUGGCUUAGUUAUAUUAUAGUGUCAAAAUUCUUAAACUAAUAGACAUUUUUGGAAAUACCCUUAUUUGCUUUCUUGUAUUUGUUUUCUUCAGAGUUACAUAACAACAUUGAUAUAAGGCUGGGCAACAUAGCUAAAAACAAUACAUAUAAAAUGUUUUAUUUCUGUCAAAUAUUGAGAAUUAUUGAGAAAUUUAAUGGGCUAUUUUUAAUAAAGAUGAGAAAAAGCUGUU